AUGGCCGCAUACCUCACGCAACGCAUUUCUCACCCUCACAUUUCUCAUCCUCACCACGGCAUCAUCGUCUCACGAGCUGGAACACCCGCCCCUGAGAAGACUGCGAAAUGCUCAGCGGCAAUUCCAAACGUCGCUGCCAAGGGCGUCCCAUUCUUUACACCUGAGCAAGAUCCGGUGGCUGGCAGCGCGACCGCUGUCCAACCGUCUGGCAAUCCCAUCCCCAAACUCUUCACGCCUCUCAAAAUCCGUGGCCUUGAAAUGCCAAACCGUAUCUGGGUCAGCCCCAUGUGCCAGUAUAGUGCACACGAGGGCUUCCACACGCCUUGGCAUAUAACUCACUAUGGUGGUAUGGCCCAGCGAGGUCCGGGCCUCAUCAUGCUUGAAGCAACUGCCGUGCAGGCCAAUGGCCGCAUCACUCCGGAAGACUCAGGCAUCUGGCUUGACGCACACGUCGAUACUUUGAAGAAGCAUGUCGACUUUGCCCAUAGCCAAAAUGCUCUCAUCGGAAUCCAACUUGCCCAUGCUGGUCGCAAGGCUUCAACAGUCGCACCCUGGCUUAGCUCUGGAGCCACAGCCACCGAGGCGGUUGGCGGCUGGCCAUCAAACGUGGUGGGACCAAGUGAUGAAGCAUUCAACGAGCAUUACCCCAAGCCCCGAGCUAUAAGCCUAGCUGAGAUUGCACAACUCAAGAGCGACUUCCUUUCCGGCGCGCGUCGAGCUCUCCUGGCCGGAUUUGAUGUAAUCGAUUUGCACUUUGCCCAUGGUUACCUUGUCUCCAGUUUCCUCUCUCCUGCGGUAAACAAUCGCACAGAUCAGUACGGAGGAAGCUUUGAAAAUCGUACGCGCCUUGCGCUUGAAAUUGUUGACGCAAUAAGGGAGAUUAUUCCAAAGGAUAUGCCCUUGUUUGUGCGCAUUAGCGCCACUGACUGGCUGGACACAAAUUCAGACUGGAAUGGUCCAAGCUGGACCGUGGAGGAGAGCAUCAAGUUUGCCAAGAUCCUGGCCCAGCGUGGAGUUGAUGUACUGGAUGUGUCAAGCGGCGGUAACCACGCACAACAGAAAGUCGUCGGCGGACCUGGUUAUCAGGCGCCAUUUGCGAAGGCCAUCAAGGCAGCAGUUGGCGAUGCUAUGCUAGUGAGCUCUGUGGGAAGCAUCAAAACGGGACUCGUGGCGCAGGAGAUUAUCGAAGGAAAAGACGCAGACGACACUCCGUUGGAUUUGAUUGCCGCAGGACGAAUGUUCCAGAAAAAUCCAGGUUUAGUGUGGGCAUGGGCGGAUGAGUUGGGUGUUACCAUCAACGUCGCCCACCAGAUCGGAUGGGGCUUUGGUGGGAGAGCGUCUAAGAAGACGGCGAAGAAACUCACAGUUCCUUGA